AUGGAGCACUCGAAAGGAGGCGAGCGGAGCCAGCAGCAGCAGCAGCCCUGGGGGAAGCUGACCCGGCUGGGCGCUGAUGAGGCAGAGCCGCACGUCCUGCUGCUGAAAAGAGAGUGGACCAUUGGUCGGAAGAAAGGUUGUGACUUAUCUUUCCCUGGCAACAAGUUGGUGUCUGGAGAUCACUGUAAAAUUGUAGUGGAUGAAGAAUCUGGUCAAGUGUCACUGGAAGAUACAAGUACUAAUGGAACAGUAAUUAAUAAACUGAAAGUGGUGAAGAAGCAGACAUACCCUCUACAGACUGGUGAUGUGAUCUAUGUUGUUUACAGAAAAAAUGAGCCAGAGAACAAUGUUGCAUAUCUUUAUGAAUCCUUAAACAUAAAACAAGAACAAGAAGCAACGCAAGAGCCAGUAGCUGCAGAAGCUAAUGUAGAAAACCAAUGCCAUGUGACCAAAGAUACCUCAAGUACAGGAAGACGUAAUGAUGAGACCCAAAUUACCUCAUCACCAUCAGCUACUCAGUCUUGCUAUGAGGAACCACAGCCAUCUACUUCUACAUCUAACCUCUUUAAUGCUUCUUCUGCCUCUCUUAUUGAGUCUGCAUCUGUUCAGCAGGAUAAUCCUUCUACAUCUGGAUCACAAUCCUCGGUUUUCACUCCUGUGCCUGCUUUCCCCAUCUUAGAAUCUAUGUGUCUAAGAGCACUACAUGAUGACCAUGAAAAGCUGGAUGUGAAUAUUGAAACUUCAGAAGUCGCUGUCAAAGAAAAAGCAGAAUUGGAUUCUCAAAGGGCAGGGGAGGAGGAAGGUUUGGAACCUGCUAAGAAGAAACUAAAAGCAGAUGAAGGUGCUUGUCCAAAUCUUCCACCAGAAGCUCCAAGUGAAUGCAUAAUUAAAAUUGGCUCUGAAGAUGCCAAAACAUCAAAUGUGAAACCGGACAAGAUGGAAGAAACACUAACUUGCAUUAUCUGCCAAGAACUGCUGCAUGACUGUGUCAGCUUGCAGCCUUGUAUGCAUACUUUCUGUGCUGCCUGCUACUCGGGAUGGAUGGAGAGGUCUUCUCUGUGUCCAACCUGUCGUUGUCCAGUAGAACGUAUUUGUAAAAAUCACAUAUUGAACAACCUAGUUGAAGCUUAUCUGAUCCAGCAUCCAGAUAAAUGUCGGAAUGAGGAUGAUGUACGUAGCAUGGAUGCUAGAAACAAAAUCACUCAAGACAUGUUGCAGCCUAAAGUGCGGAGAUCUUUUUCAGACGAGGAGGGAAGUUCUGAAGAUUUGUUGGAAUUGUCAGAUGUAGAUAGUGAAUCUUCAGAUAUCAGUCAACCAUAUAUAGUGUGCAGACAGUGCCCAGGGUAUAGGAGACACUCUGUUCCAACUCUGCCUGGUGCAGGCCAAGAGACAGAAGCAGGAGGAAUGCAAGCACUGGGAGAUGCACCAUCUACAUCAGCCAACUUCCCUGCAGCUGCCCAGGAAUAUGUGUGUCCUGCUCAAGGAAGUCAUGUAAUAUGCACCUGCUGCUUUCAGCCAAUGCCCGACCGAAGAGCAGAGCGUGAACAGAAUCCUCAUGUUGCUCCUCAGCAAUGUACAGUUUGUCUGCAACCCUUCUGUCACUUAUACUGGGGCUGCACUCGGAUGGCAUGUUUUGGCUGUUUGGCACCAUUCUGUGAAAUAAAUCUUGGUGAUAAGUGUUUAGAUGGAGUCUUAAAUAACAACCACUACGAGUCAGAUAUUCUAAAGGAUUACCUGGCAUCCAGGGGUUUGACAUGGAAAAAUAUGUUAAACGAAAGUCUUUUAGCUCUUCAAAGAGGAGUUUUUAUGUUGUCAGAUUACAGAAUUACUGGGAACACAGUGCUUUGCUACUGUUGUGGCCUUCGCAGCUUCCGAGAACUUGCCUACCAGUACAGGCAGAAUAUUCCUGUUGCUGAGCUGCCAGUGACUGUCACCUCACGUCCUGAUUGCUACUGGGGGCGCAACUGUCGAACUCAGGUCAAAGCACAUCAUGCCAUGAAAUUCAAUCACAUUUGUGAACAAACACGGUUCAAGAACUGAAUACUUGUCAUCUGUAGGGAGAGGACAAAAACUUGUUACACUGCUUGUACAGUUUAAGGUUCCAGGGGAUCUUCUCAGUUUCCCCAUAGCAGGGACUCAGUAAUUUUUGCAUCAGGUAAUCCAGUGUGAACUUUUUAAAUUGUAGAAUUUUACAGCUGUACAUGAACAAGGUAGGUUUAUUUUUAUUUCCAAGACAGUCCAGCAAGCAUUGCAUUCCAUCCUCAUGACUACAGUGUCCCUGUAUCACUGCA